AUGACCGACAUAACGAACAUAACCCUCUACACCUACUUCCGCUCCUCCUGCUCAGCGCGCCUCCGCAUCGCCCUACACCUCAAAUCCCUCCCCUACACCUCCAUUCCCAUUAACCUCCUAAAAGAUGAGCAGCGCGCUCCCACCUACGGCACGUUAAACCCCUCGCUCACCGUCCCAUCACUCAUCAUCGAGCACGGCACCAAACAAACCAUCACAAUAACCCAAUCUCUCGCCGCCCUCGAAUACCUCGAUGAAAUCACUUCCUCCUCUAAAACACCUUCUCUCCUCCCCCCGCCUUCCGACCCCGAAGCAAGGGCGAUAGUCCGCACCCUCGCAUCCAUAAUCUCCUGUGACAUACAGCCCGUCACCAACCUGCGUAUUCUGAAGCGUGUCGGGCCGCUUGGUAUGGACCGGGCUGCGUGGUCGAAGGAUCUUAUUAUCGAGGGAUUCAGGGCGUACGAGGCGAUUGUGAAGAGGACGGCUGGAAAGUUCAGCGUGGGGGAUUGUGUUACGAUGGCGGAUGUUUGUCUGGUGCCGGCUGUUUGGGGGGCGGAGAGGGUUGGGGUUGAUAUGGGGGAGUUUCCGACUAUUCGGGGAGUGGCAGAGAGGUUGGAGGAUGAAGAGGGUGUUAGGAGAGGGCAUUGGAGGACGCAAGAGGAUACGCCGGCGGAGUUUAGAGUACAGUAG